GGCUAGUCUCACUGUAAAUAAUACAUUAGAAAAACUACAAUAACAAAAAAGUCAAAGAUAUACCAAAAUGAUGUAUAUGGAUCAUAUGGCCUUUGGAAUGUCACCCUUACUAAUGUUUUCAAAUCAAUUAUAAUUGUAUUCGAUAAUCAUUUGGAGAAAGCAAACCAAUUUCCAAACUACAAAUUCGGAUAGAAUCCAUCGAUUAAUGAGUUUCUCAUAAAAUGCAAAACAAUACAUGAGUUGAAAAAUUGAAAUUAUUAGCUAAAGCAUACCUUCUGAAGUUCUGUUGUGUGGUAAGAAAGGGCAAAGGCAGUGUGUUAUUGGGAUAUAUACUAGAAGGAAUCGAAACUAACUUCAAGGUCGUUGUAGUAUAGUGGUAAGUAUUCCCGCCUGUCACGCGGGUGACCCGGGUUCGAUCCCCGGCAACGGCGUUUUUUUGUUUUUGUUAUAGGUAACGGCGACCAAUUUCUCCGAGCGUCAAAAGAACAGAAAUAUUUUAAUCUUCUGACAACCACCGCAAAUAAUUCGCUUCCAUUUCUCCGAUCCCCCACUUUCCGUCUCCCCGUUCAACCAGCAAGCAACCAUGGUGACCAGCAUUCAGAUAACAGCGCUCGACGGCAUCGUCAACGUCAACUCCCUUUUCACCUUCGCCGUCUUCGUCGGCCUCGCCUGGAACCCGACCAGCCCUUCCGACACCCUAAUCACCGACCCUGCCUGCACCGCCAGCCGCAGCGUCGGCGAGGCUCUCAUCUCCUUCCACGUCUACUCCUUCAGCUGCUUCCUCUUCUCCAGCUUGGUCGCGCUCGCUCUCAAGCAGGCAAUCCGGAUCUCCCGGACACCCGGCUACUCCAUCACCCAGAACAACCCUUUCCAUCUCCCCGCCGAGUUCCUGGGCCAGGUCAACAAGAACCUCCUCCGGAUCGGAAUGCUAAUCUCCGGCAUCGGAUCUGCUUUUGGGUGCGUCUUUCUGAUGCUGGCUCUGGUUAACGUGGUUCAACUCAAGCUCGGGACGUUGAGCUGCGGCAGCUCCCACACUUACGCCGCAGUCGUCCCUCUGGUGAUUUUUGUUCCCGUUGCUAUCUUGAUCUACUCUUCCCUCGUUCUCUACGCUUUCACUCGCUAGUAGUGGGCCGGUUUUGUUGUUAGAUUUCAUCCUUUUGGUUUAGAUCCAGAGGCGUGAUCUGUUCUCUCUGUUUUUAGUUUUACCUUUUAGUUUCACUGGGGAAAUAGAUCGAACAUGUUAUGAGCAUUGCGCAGAAGUGUGAAAGGAUUUGAAUUUGGAUAUGGGUUUGAUUUGAUGCUAUGUGGGUCUGGCUGGGGCGAUUGGUUAAUGAUGUCAUUUUGUGAUUAGAAGCUGUUUCGGAUUGCACUGACCGGCAUUGCUAGUUUAAUAAGAAUGUUGCCGAAAGCAAAACAAGCUGUUCUAGAAUCCAUGGUGGAAAGCAGUAGGUAGCUCAAUUAAACAAAAAAAGUUUAUUUUUUUCACCCCCAUUCAUAGUGCUAUCUCCACUAUGAUGCUUAUGGAAUUCAACGUGUAAGCAUCUUAGCA